UAAAAAACCAAACAUAUUCCAACCAUGUUUGUUUCGUUGUACAGUAUAAUAUCGCUGCUGUGUUUUAUCAAUUUGGUAAUUUGCAAUUCCCAACCACAAGUUACCAUUCCUUCAGGAACUGUAAGUGGAAUUGAUAUAACUUUAUCAAAUGGCAAAAUAAUCCAAGCGUUUCUUGGAAUACCAUAUGCACUUCCGCCUGUGGGAGAAAAUAGAUUUGAAGAACCAAAACCGUACGAUAAAUGGGAAGGCAUAUGGAAUGGAUCAACAUUUUCAAGAUCCUGUAUGCAAUUCUCUUUACUAAGCGAUCCAUUGGAAGCUGUAACAGGAGAAGAAGAUUGCCUUUACCUGAAUAUCUUUACACCAAAGUUACCUCAAAGUUCGACUCAACCUUUGAACGACGUAAUUGUAUUCCUUCAUGGUGGUAGUUUCAUGUUCGGAAGUGGUAACUACGUCAUACCAGAUUAUUUGCUCGCGAUGCACGAUGUAGUCUUCGUUUAUAUAAAUUACCGAUUAGCUAUGUUUGGAUUUUAUAGCACCGACGACGACGUGGUACCUGGUAAUAAUGGAUUGAAAGAUCAAAUAAUGGCGCUUCGAUGGAUACAGCGAAAUAUAAAUAAAUUUGGUGGUAACCCUAGAAGUGUGACUUUGGCAGGAAAUUCGGCUGGAUCAGCGAGCGUGCAUUUUUUGCUAUUAUCAGAGCUAGGAAAAGAUUUAUUUCAUAAGGCAAUAAUGACCAGUGGAACGGUUCUACAACCUUGGCUGUUAUUAGGUAAAAGCGUAUCUGCUAUCAGUAGAAAACUAGCGUCGAUAGCUGGCUGCCCUACGAAAUCUACAAGGUCAAUGGUGGAUUGCUUGAAGACUAGACCGUCUAUGAAACUUGCCGAUUCGUUUAGAAAUUUUCAGAUUUGGAGACAUUUAGGAUAUUUAUUUGGACCAGUCAUUGAACCUCCAGGAAGAAACAGAGUACUUCAAGACGAUCCUUUGGUAUUGAUAAGAAAUAAAAAGGAUACCAUACCUUGUUUAGUCAGUGUUGUUCAAGAUGAAGGAUUUGUUGGACUGAACAAUUUUAUAAAUAAUGAACGGAUACUCGAAGAAUUAGACAAUAACUUCAACGCGAUUGCUCCUUAUAUGUUGUUUUACUUCCACAAAUUACCUGAAAAUCAGUAUUCUAAAUUUGCUGAUAAAAUACGUCAACACUUUUUCCAUAAUCAGUCCAUCAUUUCGGAUGAAAAUUACCCAAAAUUGAUUCAAAUGCUCGGAAAUCGUUUAAUAACUUCAAAUGUUGAAUUUGUUAUUAGAGAACAUACUGAACAUAAUUUUGGGCCAAUUUACUAUUCUGUAUUCAAUUACAGUGGUGAACAUAGUAUACUAAAAUUAUAUGCUGAACCUACAUCCAAAAGAGUUUUAGGAGUGAGUCACAGUGACGAUAUGAUAUACCUCAUGAGAAGUACUUUUCUUGAUAAUAAAUUGAGAAGGCCGGAAGACAUGAACGUUAGCAAAUUGAUGGCAAAUAUUUGGGCAUCGUUUGCUAAAUCGGGCAAACCUGAAAUUAAUACGACGAAUUUGACUUGGCCAGCUGUUUCCCAUGUUCAUAAAAAGGGUAUAGCGUAUCUUAGAAUAAACUCAGCUGACGAUUUGAAAAUUCAGUACCGGUACUCAAAUGAUCAGAAAGCAUUCAAUUUCUGGAACAACAGUUUGAAUGAAUUUACAAGUUCAAGUCAGAAAAGAAUCAACGACGAAUUUUAAUUUCAGGAAAUUCUAUGAAUAUACUAACUUUCUGUGAUACCAUUUAUUAUAUGUACCUCUACCUACCUAUAAAUUUAUUUAUCUGUACCUUGCUACUGUUACCUGUUUUAUGCUAUCCUAUUAAUCUAAUUAAAAGAAGUAGGCAUUCAA